AUGGAUUAUUUUUUCAGAAAAACAUCUACGGACCACAAGCCAGUGCUUGACCAGCUUCCUGUGAGGACCGUCUCAGAUCUUGUGUCUACUUCUCAAUCGGUGACCAUUGCGGUAGCUAUUAGUGGAAGCAACAAAAGCAAGAAUGUAGUUAGGUGGGCUCUCAAGAAGUUUGGCUCUGACAAAAAUGUUGUUUUCAAGCUGAUUCACAUCCAUCCAAAGAUUAUGUCUCUUCCUACACCUACUGGAAACAUAGUCUCUAUCUCCGAGGCACCAGAGGAUGUGGCAGCUACUUAUAGACGACAAGUGAUGGAGGAGACGAAAGAAACUCUUCUUAAACCAUUCAGGAAGAUGUGUGAGCGGAAAAAGGUUCCAGUGCAACUUCAAGUGCUCGAAUCAAAUAGUGUUGCAGUGGCAAUAACAAGAGAGGUUAAUCAGCAUUUGAUCAACAGGCUUGUCAUUGGACGCUCAUCUCAUGUUGGCUUGUACGGGAAUCAGGAUAUUACCGCAAAGAUAUCAGCCUAUGUGUCAAACCUUUGCACAGUCUAUGUUGUCUCAAAAGGAGUCUAUAUUCUUUCAAAAGACAGAUCAACUUCAGAUGCGGAGAUGAAUGAAAAUAUAAGAGAGUCUGGCAGUGAGAGAACUGAUUCCUCUAGCUGUUCUUCUGGUUCAGGACCUAUGUCAGAUGCAAUGUCGAAUGCACUCAAAUCCAAAUCUCUUGCUCAGUCAAGUAAGAGAUUGCAACAUCUCCCGACAAUAGUAAGAGGGGUUUCUGUUCGUAUGGAAAGUAGUUCUGUUGACUCAGAUGACACUAGAAGUAUGUCUUCAGAUGCUGCAGAGGAAGUUAGCAAGAGAAGUAGCCCUGAGACAUCACGUAACGUUUCUUGGAAUCCACGGUUUAGAGAUUUUGAUGAGAGAAAAGACGGUAUGAGUUCUUUGUCUGGGAACGUUGAAUACGGGAAUGUUACUCAUCAAGGUGAUGAUUAUCUCACAGACGACCAGGACACGCUCGAAGAGAUUACAAAGUUGAGAGAUGAACUUAGACAUGCUCAAGAAAUGUAUGCAGCUGCUCAAGUAGAAACCUUGGAUGCUUCUCGCAAGCUAAAUGAGCUUAAGUUUGAAGAGCUAACGCUAAAGGAGCAAGAAACAAAGGGGUUAGCAGAAAAGGAAACACAGAAAUUUGAGCAGAAGAGAAGGGCGGCAGAGAAAGAAGCUGCACAAAGAAGAGAAGCAGAGAUGAAAUCAACCCGUGAAGCCAAAGAGAAGGAGAAGCUUAAAGAAAGUUCCCUUGUGGCUCCUAAGUUGCAAUACCAAGAGUUCACUUGGGAAGAAAUCACUACUGCAACUUCAUCUUUCUCUGAAGAUCUAAAGAUUGGAAUAGGAGCUUACGGUGCUGUUUUCAAAUGCAAUCUGCACCACACAAUCGCUGCUGUCAAAGUUCUGCAUUCAGCUGAAAGUAACCUAUCCAAGCAAUUCGAUCAAGAGCUCGAAAUCCUGAGCAAGAUCAGGCACCCACACUUAGUUCUUCUUCUAGGAGCAUGCCCUGAGCACGGUGCUCUAGUCUACGAGUACAUGGAAAACGGUAGCUUGGAAGAUAGACUGUUCCAAGUCAACAAUAGCCAACCAAUACCAUGGUUCGUCCGGUUCAGAAUCGCUUGGGAAGUCGCAUCAGCUCUAGUCUUCCUCCACAAAUCAAAACCAACACCAAUCAUCCACCGUGAUCUUAAACCGGCUAACAUCUUACUUGAUCACAACUUUGUCAGCAAAGUAGGAGACGUAGGUCUCUCCACUAUGAUCCAAGUCGACCCAUUAUCAACCAAAUUCACAAUGUACAAACAAACAAGCCCCGUUGGAACGUUAUGCUAUAUCGAUCCUGAAUAUCAACGAACCGGAAUGUUAUCUCCCAAAUCAGACGUCUAUGCUUUUGGUAUGAUCAUUCUGCAGCUUCUUACCGCUCAGCCGGCAAUAGCAUUGACGUAUACAGUCGAAAUAGCUAUGGAGAACAACGACGACGAGGAGUUAAUACAGAUUCUUGAUAAGAAAGCAGGUGAUUGGCCAAUCGAAGAAACUAGGCAAUUAGCAGCUUUAGCACUAUACUGUACAGAGCUCCGUGCUAAAGACAGGCCUGAUCUGGAGAAUCAGAUUCUUCCAACGUUGGAGAUCUUGAAGAAAGUAGCUGAUAAAGCAAGAAACUCGCUUUCUGAUUCGGCCAAGCAACCUCCAAGCCAUUUCAUCUGCCCAUUACUUAAGGAUGUGAUGAAGGAGCCAUGCGUUGCGGCUGAUGGGUACACUUAUGACCGGCGAUCCAUAGAAGAGUGGAUGGAGAAUCACCGGACUUCGCCGGUGACUGAUUUGCCGUUACAAAAUAUGAACCUUUUGCCUAAUCACACUCUUUAUGCAGCCAUCGUCGAAUGGAGACGUAAGAAUCAGUAA